AAAAUCUGUGUGAUGUUGACAGAGGGCGUGUAGAUAAAUUCUGGACAUUAAAGCAUGAUCCAUGAUAUUAAAUACGAUUAUUACGGUGACAAAUUAGCAAGCUGCGGAAGCGAUGGAUAUAUCAAUGUCUAUGACGUGUCAAAAAAAUAAUAAGUUGCUUAAAUUAAGACGUACUUAGUUUGAGUAUUAAAAAUAGUCGUGAUUCUCCUUUAUUUUCAAUAUCUUGGUCACAUCCUAGAUUUGGCAACGUGAUAGCAACGUCAUCCUAUGAUGGAGAAAUAUCAAUAUAUAGAGAAUAAAAGGAGUGGUCGAAAGUGGCUAGUUAUUAGAAUGAGGGCAGUGUUAAUUGUGUUUAAUUUAUGCCAAGAGAAUUACUUUUGGCCUGUGGCACAUCAGAUGGAUUUGUUAUAUUAUUAGAUAAUAACAAGAAUUGGGAUGUCGAUAAUAAAUGGUAAGCACAUGAAUCAACAAUACAUGGAUUAUGUUGGAACUAGGAUGGUUCAUUAUUGGCAACAUGCAGCGCUGAUAAAUUGAUUAAAAUCUGGGAAUUCACUAACGAUAAUAAGCCAUAAUUGAAAUACACAAUCCAAUGUCAUUUAGAUGUAGUGAAAGAUGUCCAAUUUCAUCCUUUACUAAAUAUCCUUGUUUCGGGAGGAGAUGUAAACAUCUAUAAUUAAUUGCAUAGGACGGGAAACUUAUAAUCAAUAGAUUGGAUAAUAAUAAGGUUGUUGAAAUUCAAGAUAUCCAAUAUAAUAUGACCAUCUGGAGAGUAUCAUUCAAUAUGUUGGGUAAUUUGAUGACUGUGAAUGGAGAAAGUAAUGGUUAGAGUAAAACUCAAACACUAAAAUAAGAGAUUAAUUGUUAAUACAGUACAAUUGAUUGCUAUUGUUAUUGA